GCCCCCCAGGAAGCAGAGAUCACAGCCAGCAGAGAGAGAGAGAGAGAGAGAGAGAGAAAGGAGGAGGAGACCAGAGCACCACGGCGUACGGGCGUCUGGACCCACAGCACCACACCGGAGAGACGCAGGGAGACACUCACCGGCGGAGCAACAGGAGACUGUAACCCGGACGGAGCAUCCUUCACCCCCGUAAGGCUAACAUCUGAAGGUCACGCGCAUGCGGAGCCCACACGGCGCUUAACGACCCACGCGGGUUGUCCAAACCUGUGUGUGGCUGUCGAGAUGGGUGUCACCUCUCGCCCUCUGCUGUUGGUUUGCGCGUAUUUGUCGGCCGCGCUGAUUGGCUGCGCCCGCUCGGAGGGCGUGUGUCUCCAGGACGGCAAGCACAAGGCCGCGCCGAGCACGGAGCCGCGCCUGAGCGAGUGCGCGCUGUACGCGGACAAUAGCUGCUGCACUGAAGAAGACAUCCACGAUAUCUCCCACGUGCCCUCUGACGUCAAUAAGAACGAGCCAUGGGACAAGUGUGGGCCCCUGAGCUCUGAGUGCAAGGGCUUCCUGAAGCGCGUGUCGUGUUUUUACCGCUGCUCGCCCGAUGCCGCGCGCUGGCCUCACCCCCACCGCCGCUCCUACAUCCAGGCCGUGCCGCUCUGCCACAGCCUGUGCCGCGAUUGGUUCGAUGCCUGCCGGAUGGACAUGACGUGCGCUCGUAACUGGGCCAAAGACCCCCGGGGACGGAACUGCACCGGGACGUGUGUCCAGUAUCAGCAGAUGUAUCAGCACGGCAGGGACCUCUGCGAGAGCCUGUGGGGCGACGCCUUCAUGACCGUGGAGGACGAGCAGGAGGACGCGGGAGAGGCCGGCGAGGUCGGAGCGGAGGGCGGCGCCGGCGGGCGUCCGUGCGGCUGCCUGAGCCUCAGCCCCUCGGACAAAGACGUGAUGGCCGCGCUCCGGGCUCAGCAGGACGACCCGGAGGAGCUGGACACCACCAAGGCCGGCCUGCCCCAGUACCGUGCCCCGUGCCACACCAAGCUGCCCCCGCGGGCCAGGAGCGGCCGCAAGGGCAACGGCGUGCUGCGCAAGCGCUCCGUGGCGGCGGAGGACGCCGAGGGCAGCGGCAGCGGCUUGUAGAGCCGAGCGGCGCGACGGGCGGCCGCGUAUUUAGAGACCGCCGUCUAGAUCCUAAUCUCUGGAGCCGUAGCUUCGCUCCUCUGACUAACCUUACAGCACAGACCUGACGGUGCCGCCACAUCCGUCACGUUAUCUACAGUUUGAAUUAAAAACACUAUAUCUGGUAAACGAUAGGACGACUAGCUUGCAACACUCAAUAAACACUCGGUUAUUUAUUUGAACGACCCGAAGAGCCUAAAGAAAAUAUCUCCAAUGUGGGCCUCGUCUCUGUCGGGCUCUCUGACUUCACCUCUAGUUUGAUUAUCCCACAUUGGCUGCACUAAAGUGAGGAUCUUUUUUCAUUUCAAAGUGAGUAUUCGAUCUGUCAUGAGGCUCUGCUCUCGGUCCGGCGUCUCGUCGUGAAUCCAACGCGUGACGGGCUUUUCUCACGAUGUUUAUCAUCGCCGGUACUUCCGAAGGACCCCCGCUUCUCUGUGACGUGUGCGUUAGUCAGCUGUUGAAGAGCAGCGCUCGCUGUGGUGAAGCCGUGUCGUGCAUUUCUACGUGUCAUGAGGUUCGUGGGAGCGGAGAAGGCCAACAGAUAAUAACCGAUGCAGCUUUCUUGCAGAGAUUGCUGCAGAGGGGGUGGGGGGGGGGGAUUAUGGAGAGGUAUAGGUUUAAUACCUGAGCGGUGGGUUUAAUACUCGGAAAAUAAAUCUCCCCGCCACAUAAUCCUCCAUGAAGGCCGCUCCGGUAUAGUUCGACGUGUUGUCUGUUCGCCGAUGUUACCGUGGAUGUUUCUUUUAUAAUCACGGCGUGUGUUUCUUAGAGCGAGGCGCUGUACUGGUAGACAGACACGUUUUGUAAUAAAUAAAAAAAAGAAUAGAGAAUCAAAGGCUCUGCGGUGGGAUGCUGAGAUGGUGUUUGCUGUGCUUUACAUUCUCAAUAAAGACGACAUUUAUAAAUGCCAA